CUCCCGUUUCCUUUCUGAUUUAGGGUUUUCUUUCUAUACGUCUCCUCCUUCCCGAUUUCAUAAACUCUGGUAUUCGUACUCCUAAUCUAUGGUUUGUGAAAUUCCUCUGUUUUUUCUGUAAAUAUUCAAUCGAUUUCAUCAAUUAUGUUUGUAUUGUCUUCUCCGUUUAUGACUCGCAUCCAAAACCUCCGUGUCUUUGGUCCUGGCCUGAAUCCCUUUGCUCCUUAUUGCAUCGCUCAUCAUUCCCCUGCUUCUCGCUAAUUCCUUUCUCCUUCCCUUUCUUUUCCGUCUCUAUUAUGUAAUUCCUCUUCCCACUGUCUCUCUCUCGUUAUCGUCUUCAACUUUCGGGGAUUUUUUUUUCAAGAAAAGAAGAUCUUACCUUUGUGAAAUUUCAUUCCUUUAAGACUAUAUCAUGUAAUUCUUCGCCCAGUCAAGCAAUCAAUCUGUUCUGGGGUUCUCUCUUCAUUUUCUGGGUUAAGGAAAUAAAAAUUAUAUAUUCUGCAACGAUAUUGGUCGUUUUUUUAUUAUUGAGUCGAAGAAUAUGACCCAAGGGCAGUCUUUGAGGAGAAGUUUGUCGAGAAGGCGCUCGUUUAGGUUUGGGGUUGAUAGGGAUGAUAGAGGUUGGACGUUGCUUCACAUCGGUGCCCGAAAAGGUGACCUCGAUAAGGUCAAGCAACUUCUCAAUGAAGGGGGGGAUGUAAAUGUGGCUGCAUGGGGCCCCAAAUCCCAAGGUAUCACCCCACUCCAUCUUGCCGCUGAGGGUGGCCACCUUGAAGUUAUGGAUGAGCUGCUUGAACGUGGUGCUAAUAUUGAUGCCAGAACUAAGGGUGCCUGUGGUUGGACACCACUUCAUGCAGCAGCUAAAGAAAGAAAUAAAGAAGCAGUGAAGUUCCUGGUAGAGAAUGGGGCAUUUUUGCCAGAUGACAUCAACGAUUGCAGAUUUAAUCCACCACUCCAUUACUGCCCUGGCCUUGAAUGGGCCUAUGAGGAGAUGAAGCGUCUCCAAAGAGAUAGCUCUUCUGCAGGGGAGACAUCUUAUAGCUCUGAGAAUUGAUGCUCCUCCUGUGUUUGGUGCUUUAAGAAGUAUUGGCCUACUAAUAAUUGUUUUGGAUGUGUGUUUGCUAUACGGUUUGGUUUUAAAGACUGUGGUUUGCAUAUGAACUUGAUGGCAUGUUGCCAGCCAAUAAACUAGUGCUCCCAUCGCAUCACAUGCAUGUGAUAUUGUAUGAUACAUUGAUGCUUUGAACGUGGAAGUUUUACUCCUGUAAGAACUUAAAUAUCGUGUUUUUUUUU